UCUAACACUAAAAUUUGAUUGUCCACAAACUAUUUUCCAUUGUGAGUUGCUGUGAUUUUAUAAACUGAACUUCUUAUUUGAGUGUUUUUUUUCCAUUGUUAAGAAAAAGCUUGUAUAAUAUUUAGCACAGCAAAUCGCAUGGUAGCAAAACCUGCAAUCUGUUGAGGCCAUCCCCCAAAGCGAGAGGGCAGAAGAAUGUUAUUGGUUCUUGUUUCUCCUUCAUCCUUUCCAUCAUUCUCUUCUUCUACCUUCAACAAAUCCCCUUUCUCAACAUUCUCUUCAUUUCCCAUUUUGUGCUCAUUCAACUCUUUUUGCCUUUUCCCAUCACAUUCUACUCACAAGCUCAUCAAGCGCCUGAACCCCAUUAGAAAUCAAACUGAAUCAGACUUCAAUAGCAAAUAUGGUCGUACCCCAGUUGACGAUCGGUGGUCUCUUCGCGGAAAGACGGCUCUCGUUACCGGUGGCACUCGUGGAAUCGGGCGUGCGAUUGUGGAGGAAUUAGUCGGUUUUGGGGCGAGAGUGCAUACUUGUUCUCGGAAUGAAGGUGAGUUGAGACAGUGUUUGAGGCAUUGGAAGGAUUUGGAAUUUGAGGUUUCUGGGUCAGUCUGUGAUGUGUCUGUUCGAGCUCAGAGAGAGGAGUUAAUGGAGAAUGCGGGUAAUACUUUUGAUGGGAAGCUCAACAUUCUUGUGAAUAAUGUGGGAAGAAAUAUACGAAAGCCAACAACAGAAUUCACAGAUGAAGAAUUUUCUUUUCUUAUGAAAACCAAUGUUGAAUCAGUUUUUCAUUUAUCACAACUUGCUUAUCCUCUUCUAAAAUCAUCUGGCGAGGGAAGCAUUGUAUUCAUGUCCUCGGUCUCAAGUUUUGUGUCUCUGAAGUCCAUGUCUGUUCAGGGAGCGACCAAAGGAGCUAUCAAUCAACUCACAAAAUAUUUAGCUUGUGAAUGGGCAAAAGACAACAUAAGGAGCAAUGCAGUUGCCCCAUGGUACAUCAAAACAUCAAUGGUGGAACAGGUGCUGAGUAACAAAGCAUAUGAAGAAGAGGUAUAUUCCCGAACCCCGCUUCGACGCUUGGGCGAACCAAGUGAAGUAUCAUCCUUAGUUGCAUUCCUUUGCCUACCUGCUUCAUCUUAUAUUACUGGCCAAAUCAUUGGUGUUGAUGGAGGGAUGUCUGUUAAUGGCUUUGACCCAAAAUAACAUUAUAAAUGAACAUCUUCUAUUUAUCCCCACUCCCCUCUCGGAUAUGUCUAGUUCGAGUGUUGAUUUUUCUUUCACUUGCAAGGAUGACACUCGCAAACAAUUGAUUGAAGCUUUUCGUUUCUUUUUCUUCAAAAUGUUAUCAUGCUGAAUGGUUCAUGAUAUUUGAAAGGAAAAACGAGUUCUAUAGUUUGGGGAACAUUGAGGUAUGAUAGGAACCAUGACUACGGCUUGCUUUCGAAUGUGAUUGCUUUUGCAGAGAUGUGUUUAUGUUAUAAACUAUCAUUGUAGAUGAAGAAUAAUUUUUACUUAAUUUUUUAGAAAUUCAUUUUGGUAUAGAUAUCCGUGUGUAUUUGAAUGAUUAAAACCCAUUUAGCUUAUGAAUUAUUUCAA